AAAAAUAACACUCUAGUCUUUAAAAGUUAUUACUUCUUUCUUAAAACAAAAGCCCCAAAUCUCUUGAAGGUUCUAAAAACCCUUGUGAUUGUUAAGAACUGCUGCGCCAACAGUGAUGAGAUGAACCAUCUCCAUCCAUUGUGACAGUGGCUGAAACCAUUGGAGAAAUCUGCACUAUAACGCUAGCUCACCUCAAAUUCCACAAUCUUCUUCUCUUGUGUCGACUCCGUUUUGUGUUGAACUUGAAUCUGGAACUUCUAGAUCUGCAACAACAUUCAUCAUUUGGCUCAAUUUACAGUCUUGCGACUCUUCUAUCUUCAAGUUCUAUCUUCAAGGGUUAGUUUUUUGCGCUCUACCCACUUCCUCUUAUUUGUCUUAUAUUUUGAUUUUGAUAUUAUUUUGCUUCAGCUUCUCUAUACAAAAUAAAAAAUGAAGUUAGAAUUCUUUUUUAUAACCAAUGAAGUGGAAAAGGAAGGGUAGGUAAAUCAGAGAAAAUAUAUAUCCUCAAUUAUUUUGACUAUUAGGAAAAACAUGAGGUGAUUUAUGUUGAAUGACUUAAGUUGCUUAUCGGUUCUGGUUUCAUGUGGUGUUUGUUUUGCUCUUGUUGUGUCUUAUUUUGGCUAAGAUGAGGCUUUUGUUGUUGUGUGUGAAUUUGGUGUUGUACAGGUUCUAGUUUGUGUUGAUAUACUAUACUGAUACAACCUUAUGUUUAUUUUAAUUGUUUAUGAUUAAGAUAUUAAGUUUAUACAUCUUAAAAGCUUAUAGAAAAAUUAAUUUUUCUUUAGUAAACCAGCCAUGAUAAAGAAGGAUUGGGUGGAGUUGCCUCCACACAGUCAAGGUUUUAAGGAUGGUGUUAACUACUUUUUAGAUAUUGCAUUCACCAAAGGAAUUGUUGAAGGAGAUGAGAUUUUGUGCCCUUGUGCUGCAUGUUGCAAUGAUAGUUGGGAAAAAAGAGAUGUAGUGUUUGAUCAUUUAUGUGGCAGAGGAUUUGUAAAGGGAUACAACGAAUGGAUUCACCAUGGCGACGAUGGAAGUCUUAUGGAUAUUGAUAGUGAUACUGAUGAUGAAGUAUCAUCUGAUGAUAUUGAUGGCUUACUAUUUGAGACUUUUAAAGAUGUCGCUGAAGAAGAUGGGAUACAUGAUGGGAUAAAUGAAGAUGCAAAGAAAUUUUAUAAACUAGUUGUUGAUGCAAAUCAAGAGUUGUAUCCUGGUUGUAAAAAAUUUUCCACCUUAUCAUUCACUAUUCGAAUGUAUUUGCUGAAAUGUCUCUAUGGGUGGAGUAAUGCAUCAUUCACUGCUCUCUUGGAGUUAUUAAAGGAGGCUAUGCCAGAUUUGAACAUCCCUGUCUCUUUCAAUAAAACAAAAUCUAUGAUAAAAGACUUAGGCCUAGACUAUAAGAAGAUUGAUGCAUGCCCCAACAAUUGCAUGCUAUUUUGGAAAGAGCAUGAAAAAGAUGAAAAAUGUGAAUUUUGUGGAGCAUCAAGGUGGAUCGAAUAUCCUGAAGUUGGUUAUCAUCUUGAAGAAUCUAAAAAAGUGCAUAAGGUUCCCGCCAAAGUUCUAAGGCAUUUUCCUUUGAUUCCAAGAUUGAAAAGACUGUUUAUGUAUUCAAAGACAGCUGACACAUUGAGGUGGCAUGCAGAAGGACGUUCAAGGGAUGGUAGAUUAAGGCAUCCAGCCGAUGGCCAAGCAUGGAAAGACUUUGAUGCCAAACAUCCAGAUUUUGCUCUUGAAACUCGUAAUAUUAGGCUUGGGUUAGCUAGUGACGGGUUUAAUCCAUUUCGGACUAUGAGUCUUUCACAUAGCACAUGGCCUGUGGUGUUAACCAUAUACAAUUACCCUCCAAAUUUAUGCUUGAAGGCAGAAAAUUGUAUGAUGUCAUUACUUAUUCCUGGACCAAAAUCACCCGGAUAUUCAAUUGAUGUGUAUCUGCAGCCACUUAUUGAGGAACUAAAGAUAUUGUGGAGUGUUGGUGUAGAAACAUAUGAUAUAUCAAAAAAUCAAACAUUUCAGAUGCGUGCAACUCUUUUGUGGACUGUUAGCGACUUUCCUGCAUAUGCUAUGCUAUCUGGUUGGAGCACUAAAGGGAAGUUUGCUUGCCCUGCUUGUAACCAUGAAACUUCUUCAACUUACUUAAGACACAGUCGGAAGACGUGUUAUAUGGGUCAUAGAGUAUUUUUGGAUCCAAAUCAUGUUUGGAGAUCAAAUACAACUUCUUUUGUUGGAAAACCAGAAUAUAGGUCUCCACCUUCCUUGUUAGAUGCAACUAGAAUUUUGAAAGACUUAAAAGACAUCCCUGACGUAUUGGAUAAGAAAUACAAUAAAAAGAGGGUUGGUCCGUGGAAGAAAAAAUCUAUCUUUUGGCAAUUAAGAAGAAUCAUUUUUUGAAGUAUUCCAACAUGACUGAGAGACUUAAACAUCGUCCUCCAAAGGUUCCAGAAGUUCAUUUUAAGAAGCUUUGUGAAUAUUGGAGUUGGAAACCCGUACAAUUAAUCAGUGAAAGGAACACUAGAAAUAGAGCUCAACAAAAAUGGAGGCAUCGAAUGGGUCCCAAACACUUUGCUUUACUUCGUGAAAAAAUGCGUGCAAAGGAAGGAAAAGAGCCCACACAAGCAGAGGUUUUUGUUGAAACUCGGAAAGGAAAUAAAGGAAAGAAAUUGGAUGUAGAAACUGAAAAAGCAAUUGCCAAACUUGAAGAAAUGGUUGAAACUGAGGAAAAUGAUACAGAAGCAUUUGAAGCUGUUUUUGGGAAGGAACAUCCUGGCUCGGUACGCUGUUACGGGAGAAAUGUAACUAAAACUUCUUUAAAACAGAAGGCAGAAGUAAAUGCUUUGAAAAAAGCUCACAAUGAAGAGGUCUCUACAUUAAGGGAUGAUUUUGCAUAUAAGAUUGGUAGAUUGCAAAAUGCUUUUAAGACCUUGAUGCAACAUUGCAAUCCCGAAAUCAAUAUGGAGUCAAUAGAAGAUUUAUUAGGAUUAUCUAAUGGGGAAGCAAAUAGUACCCCAAAUGUUGGACAACCACAAAUGAAUUCCUCUGCAUCAACCCAUGUUCCAAAUCUUGAAAAGCAAGGUAUCAAUGAAGAUGAUCCAAUUGAUGAAGAUGAUGAUGACGAGUUCCAAGAAGAUGCAUUUUCAUAUUAGUUUUCUCCAAUGCCAAUUGAUCGAUGUGGAUGGCUUUUUUGCUAGGCACGUACUUGAAGUGUUAAAUUUUAUCCGUGACAUUUUGCUUACUAUAUGUGCCAAAGUAUUAAACUACAUCAAACUACGUUAGAUAUUUUGUCUACCAUUUUGUAUUGACUUAGUGUUUGAACUAUAUUUUGUAAACACGUUAUAUUUAUCUAUUCAUUUUUGAUUUGGCACCA